AUGCCGUUCGCUUUAGUCGUACGUGAAUUAAAAAAACUCGUCUUAGAGGAACUUCCUCUUCCCUACUGUGGAUUCAAGGAUCUUUUGAUCAAAGUAACCCAUGUUGCUCAGAAUCCGACCGAUUGGAAAUCGCUUCAUUUCGGCGCAGCAAAACCGGGAUCUAUUGUUGGUUGUGAUUUUGCCGGUGAGGUAGUCGAAGUCGGAAAAGAAGCUAUUGGUAAUUAUCGGAAGGGAGAACGAGUAGCUGGCUGUGUUCCUGGUGGUGUACCUGCUGACUUGGGUCUUCGUGGUGCAUACUCUGAAUAUGUUGUUCAAGAAGCGUCACUUGUCUUUCGUUAUCCAUCGAGAAUAUCGCCUGCUGAAGCGGCUACAAUUCCACUUGCUUCGAUCACAGCGGCUCUCGGUCUCUUUCAUGAAAUGGGCUUGCCUUUACCACCAGCGACCACCAAAUCUAAAACGCCAGUUCUCGUUUGGUCCGGUAGUACAAGUGUCGGACAAUAUGCCAUUCAGUUAGCUAAAAUCGCGGGUUGUUUUGUUAUUACAACAGCAUCGCCGGCACGACACAAUUAUUUGAAGGAACUCGGUGCUGACGUUUGUUUGGAUUACAAAGACGUAAAUACUGUCUCACAAGUUAAAGAAAUCACCAAAAAUGAAUUAGCGUAUGCUAUCGAUUGCAUUUCAGAAAAGGAAUCCAUUAAACAAGUAUGUGCUGCAUUAACUGGCAAAGAUGCGCAAGUUGUCACAAUUCUACCUCGGGUAUCGAAUGAAAUACCAUCACAUGUCAAGGAGCGUAGUGUCCUGAUGUAUACAAUCUACGGUCAUGAAUUACAUGCUUUUCGUCGAGUCUAUCCGGCUAAGCCAGAAGACAAGAGCUUUGCUGAACAUUUCUACAGAUUACUUUCUGAUUACUUAUUACCGAAUGGCCUUUUGAAACCAAACAAAGUCACUCGAAUGCCAGGCGGUCUCAAUGGUGUUGAGGAAGGGUUUAAACGAAUGAUGGAAAAUAGAGUAGCAUGUGAAAAGCUCGUUUAUACACUAGCAGAGACAAAGAAAGCGAACGAUAUAAAAAUAAAUUCAAAUUUGUAG